GUGUCCGCCGGACAGUAGCUCGCGGGCAACGGCAGUGUCCAGAAGUCAAGCGCGAAACACACACACACACACACUCGUUAAAUCAUGGAAUUCCUGAGCGCACAGUGUGCGGCCAGAUCGGCGGGUCCGGCAAACACAUUAAUGUCGCUGUUGCUCUCCACACUGAUCGCCAAGUACUGCGAUCUCAGCGGACAGCAACAGUGGCCAGCGGAUCAGGGCGAUUGGCUGGACAAAUCGGGCGGCUUCAACGAACCCUACGACUUCAUUGUGAUCGGUGCCGGCAGCUCCGGAGCUGUGGUCGCUGGCCGGCUGGCAGAGCAGGCAAACUGGCGAGUGUUGUUGCUGGAAGCGGGCGGCGAUCCGCCAAUUGAAACGGAAUUCGUUGCCUGGCACAUGGCCACACAGUUCUCCAAGUGGGACUGGCAGUAUCACACCGAACCGAAUGGACGCGCCUGCAUGGCCAUGGAGGGCGGCAGUUGCCACUGGCCACGCGGCAAAAUGCUUGGCGGCACCAAUGGCAUGAAUGCAAUGAUCUAUGCUCGUGGCACCCGCUUCGACUUUGACGAUUGGCAGCAGCGCGGCAAUCCCGGCUGGGGCUACGACGAUGUGUUACAUCAUUUCCGCAAGGCCGAGGAUCUGCGCUCCACACGUCCCGACUACAAGGCCGGUGAUCAUGGCGUUGGUGGUCCCAUGGGCCUCAACAACUAUGUGUCGGACAACGAGUUCCGCAGCACCAUCCGCGCCGGUAUGCUGGAGAUGGGCUACGGCAGUGCACCGGACUUUACCGAAGGCUCGUUUGUCGGCCAAAUGGAUAUCCUGGGCACCCAGGAUGGCGGACGUCGCAUCACCACCGCCCACUCGCAUCUGCGCAAGGACACACCGAAUCUGCACAUUGUGCGCCAUGCGCACGUCAAGCGCGUGAAUCUCGACGGACAGCAGCGGGCGGAAAGCGUCACAUUUGUGCAUCGCGAGGGCAAGGAGUACACGGUGCGUGCCAGUAAGGAGAUUGUCCUGUCGGCGGGCGCCAUUGGAUCGCCACAGAUUCUUAUGCUUUCGGGCGUUGGACCAGCGGAGCACCUGAAGAGCAUCGGAGUACCCGUUAAACUCGAUCUGCCCGUGGGCCGCAACCUCAAGGAUCACGCCAGUCUGCCAGUGAUCUUCCAGAUCGACAAGUCAACGGCCCGCAAACCCACCGAGGAAGAACUGGUCGAUGCCAUGUUCAAUCUCUUGAUGGGUAGAUACAGCAAAUUGCUGCAUCACGAGGCGACCGCAUUGACCGGCUUCAUCAACACAACGUCGCUGCACGGCCCCAAUCCCGAUAUCCAGACAACGAACUUCUUCAGUCUGAUGCAGAGUCCCGAGCUGAAGGGCUAUGUGGCUGCCACCGGUUUCAAUGAGCGUGUGGCCAAGAGCAUACUGUCGGCGAAUCAGAAUACAAACACCUACAUCACGUACCUGCUGCAUCUGAAGCCCUUCUCGGCGGGUCGCAUCGAGUUGCAGAGCAACAACUACUUGGAUGCGCCGCUCCUCGAUCCCGGCUACAUGACAGAUGAACGCGAUGUCGACACGUACAUUCGUGCCCUUAACAUCUACAAACGUCUACCCGAGACGAAGGCGUUCGGCGAACGCGAAGCUGCACUCCACAAGGUCGAUCUGGAGGCCUGCAACGAUCUGGAGUAUCAGUCGGAUGAUUACUGGCGUUGCUACAUUCGUCACAUGACCACCACCGUAUACCAUCCGGUGGGCACAGCUCGCAUGGGACCCGCCAGCGAUCCGACUGCAGUCGUUGAUGCCCGUCUGCGUGUCCAUGGCGCGAAGGGAUUGCGUGUCAUUGAUGCCAGUAUCAUGCCCGAUAUUGUGGGCGCCAAUACGAAUGCUGCUUGCAUUAUGAUUGGCGAAAAGGGGGCCGAUAUGAUCAAGGAGGAUUAUCUGGGCACCAAUCAGCACACCGAACUCUAAGCUAAUAGUCUUAUAUGUAUAUCUUUUUUUUCAAUUUUUUUCUAAUUUUUUUUUAUGGAAUAAACCAAGUAAGAUUCGGUAACAAGUUUUUACAAAUAAUUUUGUCACAAGCAAGCAGCGCUUGGUUUCAAUACUCGCUGCAAGCAGUGCGUUCAGCUUUUCAACAAGCAGUGCACUGCAUUGAAAGCUGCUUAGUACAAUUACUUCAAAACCACUGCGGAUCGUUUUGGCACAGUGACUCUCAAAACGUCAGCCCAGUGACUUUUCAACCAUACCAGUUUCUUAGUUCAAUGCUUUUAAAGCUGAAGCACAUGAAUUCAAACAUUUCGACAACUCAAGGAGUAAUUGAUUGCAAAUUUUUAGAGUUUAUUUUAACAUAGAUUUUUUACUGGUCCAAGUAGGCUAUGAAAAUUUCAUUUUUCGACCUGCCUGGAGCAGCAUGAGAACAGAGCUCAUUUCAUUUCAGCUUUCGGCAAAACAACAUCUAAAUUCCGAAAAAAAAAACAAAAUUCCAAAUUUUUAGUUUUUCUUUUUUUUCCACAAAAACAUGCUCAUUUUUAUGUUUAUUUGUUGAAAUUAGAAAAUGGGUUGUUCGAGGCGAAUAACUUUUGUUCGCUCUCGCCAAUGAUCAAGAAUUCUACAGUACACUGCCCCCAUCGAUAACCUCAAGGAUUCUUCGAGUAGUAGAUGCUGAUACUACAAACACUGAUAUGACUGCCGCAGAUUAACAAAAUGGAAAAUGGAACACUAUUUUGAUGCCUUUUUACCAUUCAAAUUUGAGAGAAGCAUGGUCCAAGUAAAAUCUUGUGUUUGCUUCUUCCUCGCAUAAUGCCAAACACUGCCUUUGUUUAGCUUGUUACUAAUUAUUAUAAAUACCGCGACCGUUCUUGCACAUGAAGUCCAUCGUCAACAUACUAGACACAAUAAGCAAUGUACGAAAUAAAAAAAAUACAAAAAAAUUCAUAAUUGUUUUGUCUAAA